GUCACCAUUAUCAACACUUCAUCAGCAGUACGAUACUAAUCUUUUCCGACUACUCCUACUAGGCAGCUUCAGAAAACAUCGAAUAAAAAAACAACGCAACUUCUCGCUCUCUCUUACGGAUCAGACCGGCCAAGGUAGCGGCAUGGUUUUGUGACCGCCCUUAUUCCGCGAACUUCCCAUACGAUCAACUGAGGCAAAUAGAAAUGGGAGGCUCAGUAUCGAAAUACCUUUCCAACCUUAUUUGGGGCAAGAAGGACAUUCGAAUAUUGAUUCUUGGUCUCGAUAAUGCAGGCAAGACGACACUUCUCUACCGGCUCAAGAUAGGGGAAGUGGUAACAACAAUCCCAACUAUUGGGUUCAAUGUUGAGUCGGUGCAGUAUGGCAAUCUCAACUUCGAUGUCUGGGACCUCGGUGGUCAGACAUCCAUAAGACCUUACUGGAGAUCAUAUUACGCCAAUACCGCUGCUGUGAUUUUCGUCAUCGAUUCCACAGAUAUCGAGCGGUUAGAGAUAGCUGCCGAUGAGCUGCGCUCCAUGUUGAAUGAAGAUGAGCUCAAAGACGCUGCUUUGCUGGUGUUUGCAAAUAAGCAAGAUCAGCCUGGGGCGCAAGGUGCCGGAGAGAUUUCUGAAGCUUUGAAGUUGGGCGAAUUAAGAGACAGGAAUUGGAGCAUUGUGGCCUGUUCCGUGAUCGAUGGCAAGGGCAUCAACGAAGGCAUGGAUUGGCUCUCUCAAACGGUUCAAUCUGAAUCAUGACAUUGGCUACCGUAUACCCUGCAUUUUACGGCGCUUAAGAUACAUGGAUUUGGUUUUCAAAGGCCACAUUGCUCACAUAUCACCCGUUCUUUUGGACCUUCUCAAGCCACAUACUGAGUUCCACGGCCAGCCGUACAGGCUGAUCGUAAUGGAUCAGAUGCCCAGCGUUCUCAACAAUAGCCACCUCCUCGGUUCCAAUCAUUUGUGCAAGUUGCUUGGCCGCGCUCAUAGGGAUCCAAACGUCGUUUUUUCCCCAGAUGAUCUUGACAGGCAUUGCCUUACCUACUUCGUGAUAUCUUUGUUCUACCUCUUCAAUGUCCCGCUGAUCUGCCUGCCUCACCUGCCGGGUGUAUCCCGCCAUCCCUUGAAGACCAUCGACUGUCCACGGCUUAACGAGCAUAUCUUCGAUCGACUGGCUCAAUGGUAUGAAGGCUGCUUCCCGAAUGUAUGAACGGACCAAGUCUUCCGAUAAGUGACUUGGCAGGUUGUUGAAGACCGCCGCGUUCGUUGCUACCAGACGGAAAAGAG